AUGUAUAACGUUCACACGUCCGUGGACCGUGGUCUACCCGUCAUACUACAGAGCAAUCGCGGUCCCGCGGUUGCGAAAGCAGCCGUUAUUUCGAGAGCUCGUCAAGUCCAUUCUCUGUCUACCCCAGAAUCAGAAACCUCGUUGACGAGCAAGGGAGCUUGUCACCAACUAGAAUCGGCCUUGACUUCCUACAUCUCAGAUAAAGAGAGAUGCGAAACCGAGAUAACGGCCAAGGAGGUGCUUGCCGUGAUUUCUAUCACGUUCAAUGACUGGCAACUGCCAGCUCGUACAAGUGACGAUUGGCAUCCAGUAUCUGCGCUCCACCACACACCGCAGAUGACCCAUUAUAGCACGCCCCCUCAGCAGCGCCCCCGGAUACUCGAUCUCAUCCCUGCAAGCCAUAAACUUGGCUUGCGGACCUCACACAAAUAUGUUGUAGCACAUAUACCCGAUUGUGUGGGCGGCGUCAGGGGCCUAUCGUUUUACCACUUUCGAAUCAACUGCCAAAAUACCCAUCACCCAAUAUGUCUGAUACCCAUGGUUACACUUGUGAAUUACUUCCACGACACUGUCAUUGGCCGCCAGCUGGCACGGGUCCAACCCAGGAUCAAUGUAUGGCAAAUAUAG